CCACGACCUCAGACAGUUACAGAGGUCAGAUCAUUCUUAGGAAUGUGCGGCUACUAUAGGAACUUCGUAAAAAUCUAUUCUACAGUCGCCUCCCUUUUGACUGAUCUAACUCGACUUGACACACCGUGGGACUGGAGUGAUGAGUACGAGGGUGUUUUCAAGAGAUUGAAGCAAUUCACUCAUGAAUCAUGAGGUCCUCAUGGUUCCCGAUCCUCAGAAGCCAUUCAUAGUGACCACUCACCCAAGCCAAUACGGCAUUGGCGCAGUGCUGGCUCAACAGGAUGGGAAGAAGUUGAGGCCGAUUGAGUACAUGAGCAAGAAAAUGCCAUCGAAGAAACUGGCAAAGUCCACCUAUGAGAGGGAACUCUAUGCUCUAUACAAAGCUCUUGUCCAUUGGAGACACUUCCUUUUGGGAAGGUUCUUCUACUUGAGGACCGAUCAUCAGACCCUCAAAUGGAUCAAGACUCAACCGGCUCUUUCCGAUGCACUCAAGCGAUGGAUUGAGGUCAUAGACCAAUAUGACUUCACGCUUGAGUAUCUGAAGGGAGAGUACAAUAAGGUUGCAGAUGCACUAUCCCGUAGAGCGGAUUACCUAGGUGCGCUAGUUUCUGACUUUGGCAUAUCUGACGAAGUAACUCAAUCGUUGGUGGGAGCCUAUCAGGAAGACCCUGUCACGAUGGACAUCAUCCGCAAACAUCAGGCAAAAGACAAGGCCACAGAGAGUGAGUUUGUGAUGGUGGACGGGCUUCUCUAUCUCGAUAAGGCCGGAAUAAAGAGACUAGUAGUUCCAUCUAGUGAACCUUUACGUAGUUUAUUCUUAGGAGAAUGCCUUGAUGCAACGGGGCACUUUGGCUACAAGAAGACGAGUGCGAACCUAGUACAGCGAUUUUGGUGGCCUGGGAUGUUUGACGACGUAAAGAAGUACGUAGAGACCUGUCAGGGGCCGGGUGCUGGAAACAAGAUGGCGCGAUGGUUGUCUCCCCCGACUUAUACCAGCGGUCCAGAGAUGCCAGUAGACGUAAAGGAUGGGGUGUCGGUCGUCCUCCCGGAAGAUGGGGCGUGGACGGACCUUGAACCAGCAUAUCAAACCGUAAUGUUGGAAGGGGAGGACGCGUUCCUAUGGAUAGAGACGGUACGGGCUAAUAUUAGCUUGACAAGGUUGUCGCGAAGUUUAAUGGAUUUGGAGUUCCGGGGAACAGUGGAAGCUCGGGGGUGGGUCUACUUGUCGCAAGAUGGGGAGAAUGCUAUGGUCGUAGAGUUGGCACUCGGGAAUGCGCCGGACGAGCUGUUUAGGAAGGCUAAAGCGGAAGUUGUGUGGGCCACGUGUCAGCGAAGGGAGAUGGAAAUGGAAAGGGUAGAUGUGCGGGUGGAACUUGGGGAUAGAGGAAGCAUGAGGCGACCCGUCAGAACCAUGCGAUGCGUGCUGCCUCCCUUCCUAGUGGAUGCGGUGUUUGGAACCCGGAGCCGACUGGCGCAAGUAUCCCGACAUGCCCUCCCUCCCCAGGAAGCUGUGGUUCCGCCAGGUGUAGCCAACCGGGGAUUCAGAUGGAGAGAUCCUGCUAACGAGCAAUGCAAGUACUGUACCGCGAUAGGACAUUAUGAGCGCGCGUGCCCAAAACUCAACCAUGAUAUUAUGAAAAGAAGAAGGUGUACCGGGUCAUUAAAAGGGGAGAUAUUUGGACCACAAGGGGAACGGGUGAACUGGAACUCGCCAGGAGGGAUGCGGCGAGCCAUUAUCAUGCUCAACGGGUUAGAAAUAACGGUCGUAGAAGCCGAACUGGUGGGCAAGAUCAUCUGGGAUCAACUCCGGGGGCGCGGACCGCAGGUCAACUUUAUUUUGGAAAACGACGGACGUGAUAGGGUGAACGCAACCACUCGACUGGGAACGGCUGGGAGAAGGAUUAACCGUGACACCAUUAUGGAGGAGGUCGCCGGAAGCUCCGAACCCCAGGCAGAGCCUGAGGCCGAGGAACCAGAGAAAGUCUAUGGGAAGCCUAGGGAAGAGGAGCCUGCGGACAAGGUUACCACCGCUAAGAAGAAGUUUUGGUAUCAAAUCCCGAUCUUAACCUUGCCUGAGCUCGACGACACCAUUAGCAAGUUACUAGGAACCAUGGUGUCGGUGUCCUUUCAGACCAUGCUGCAGGCUAGCCCUAGGUUGCUCAAAGGGCUCAGACAACUGUUGACUCGGAGGCGAGUAGAAAUACGCGACAACCCCGAAUUACCAGAAGGGGAGAGGGAGGAGGAAGCUCCGCAAGAAGUGGCUAACCUUCAGAGGAGUCACGGGGACUUGGAGGAUCUCGAAAAAGCCUUUGCAGACAUUCGUUUGAGCUUGCCCGACCAAGAGGGCGGCGAAGUCAUGAGAUCACCACCCGGGACAAAGCUUAGCUUUCAUGCGCUGCCCGUAGGGAAACUGAAAAUCCAGAUCGGGAGUCAUCAUACCGACGCAUUAGAAACCAGAUCUGGCAUAGACCGACAAGAUAUUACAGUGGCCGACACCACUGCGCACGACGACGGAGAUGGGUAUAGCCCCAUACAGACAGAAGACGAGGAGGGCGAGGAGAAGGAUGUGCGAGAAGUCAUAGAAAUCAGCAGCGGAAAUGAGAGGGAUGAGAUCUCGAGGCCUAGGGAAGAGGGGCGGCCUCCGAUGCACCAGCCGGGCGACGGGGCUUUCAGAUGGGAGGACGAGUUUGGGCCAACGCCCAGUCAUUGGUUUCAGCAAUGGACCAAUGUGAUCAGGCACGAAUGGAUUAUCAACGCUCGGGAACUCGCAAGAGCAGGGGUGGAAGCCACACCACUGGAUUUUUUUAACGAGGCAGAGUUACGGAAAAUUGUAAGGAUGGAAAGAGAAAUCGAGACCUUCGGCCUGGGGGUUAGACAGUCGGCUGAGGAACAGGGUGGACCAGGAAAUGGGCAAGUUGAGGCACAAGACAACAAUAGGCAUUAGAUGUUGAUUGAGAGUUGGGCAAGAAUCCUGUUUUUUUUUAUUAUUACAAAUCAUUGGGGCAAAAUGUGUAUAGUAUGAGUAAGCUUGCAAAGGAUGACUGAUGGAAGGGCCAGCUAAGACUGUGUCGUGAUAAGAUUAGAAGAUAGCAUAUUGAGGCUACUUUUGGAUAAGCUACCUUCGAAAGUGGGUACACAAGACAAGGACAUGGGGCAUGGGAUGAGACCAGUUGGGAAGGGUGUAUUGUGAAAUUUGGAUGGAAUGAGGAUUGUGCUUUUUGUCACGAUCCUGGCCAAUUUUGAAGUCCACAAUCAUCAGAAAGUACAAUGUUGUCCAAUUGCGAAAAGAAAUGAAUGAACUUGAGCCCAAUGC